GACGCCCUAUUGUAAUCGUUUCCUUUUCUUCAGAAGACACAACACCCUGGCCAGCGGCACAGAGCAACGAUAAAACACCGUAUGACUAUAGUAACCUCGCCUGCGGGUUAGGGUUAUCAAUAAAUAACCUAAUUUUAUUAACGAUUAAAUAAUAUUCUCUUUCUCGCUAUCUCUCUCUCUCUCUCUCUCUCUCUCCGGCCAACGCCUCCAUCUCUCCAGUGAAUAAGAGCCGCCGGAAUAGCAGCAGACAACGCCGGAAGUUUGACUUAGGAUUCCGGCGAUGGCAUCAGAGGACGUGAAGACUGGAGACUCUGCAGUUUCGACGAUCGUGAAUCUGGCUGAGGAGGCGAAGCUAGCAAGAGAAGGGGUUAAGGCGCCAAGUUACGCCCUUCUCAGUAUAUCCAAGUCCUUAAUUGCUGGUGGAGUCGCUGGAGGAGUAUCACGUACUGCUGUUGCUCCCUUGGAAAGAUUAAAAAUUCUUCUCCAGGUUCAAAAUCCACACAGUAUAAAAUACAAUGGUACAAUUCAGGGCUUGAAAUACAUAUGGAGAACUGAAGGUUUCAGAGGAAUGUUUAAAGGCAAUGGCACUAAUUGUGCUCGCAUUAUUCCAAAUUCAGCAGUCAAGUUCUUUAGUUACGAGGAAGCAUCCAAACGCAUACUAUAUAUUUAUAGGCAGCAAACUGGAAAUGAUGAUGCUCAGCUUACUCCUCUUUUACGUCUUGGAGCUGGUGCAUGUGCUGGAAUUAUUGCCAUGUCUGCAACUUACCCAAUGGACAUGGUUCGGGGACGGCUAACUGUCCAGACAGAAAAGUCUCCUCGCCAGUACAAGGGAAUCUUUCAUGCUCUUACAACAGUCCUCAAGGAAGAAGGUCCUCGGGCUUUAUACAAAGGAUGGCUGCCUUCUGUCAUAGGAGUAAUACCAUAUGUGGGUCUAAACUUUGCUGUGUAUGAAUCCCUGAAAGACUGGUUACUCAAAUCCAAUCCUUUUGGACUAGUUCAAGACAAUGAGUUGGGAGUGACAACAAGGCUUGCAUGUGGAGCAGCUGCCGGAACUGUUGGCCAGACAGUUGCUUACCCUCUUGAUGUUAUACGGCGAAGAAUGCAAAUGGUAGGCUGGAAGGAUGCUGCUUCAGUUGUCAUUGGUGAUGGGAAGAGUAAAGCGCCUCUUGAAUAUGCUGGUAUGGUUGAUGCCUUCAGGAAAACAGUUCGGCAUGAGGGAUUUGGAGCACUGUAUAAAGGCUUGGUCCCCAAUUCAAUGAAGGUGGUCCCGUCCAUAGCAAUUGCAUUUGUGACGUAUGAGUUGGUGAAGGAAGUUCUUGGAGUUGAGGUGAGGGUAUCCGACUGAAGCAAGAGGAAUUCUAAGAAACAUUUGAAAUUCUGUCGCAAGAGAAGAAAGGAACAUUAGGAGGUGGUCAUUAGUUUAUCUCAUAUCCAGCUAGCGAGGAAUUUUAGAAGCCCAAAUUUAAUCCUUAUUAGUUCUUAGAUUUCUUUUCACAUCUGCUAAGGUAAUAAAGGAAGUAUUUGCGAGGAAGCGAUGCACUGUCAAAUAGAAUUUCAUGCUAAGGUAAUAAAGGAAGUGUGUGCAUUCCAAUAGGUUUCUAGAGAAUUAAAAUUUACGCUUUACCCACUUCUAUAUGUGAUUAUGACUACUUUAUCAAAUAGAAUUUCAUAUUUUUUA